AUGAGUGCUUCAGGUGAAUUUAAAUAUGUUUAUCAUAAGAAGAAGAAAAGAAAAGAAAAAAAAACACUAGAAUGGCUUUUUCUUCAAUAUGAAAUACAAACAGAGGUCUUAAUUGCAUCAGGCUUUUAUUAUGUUUCUUCUAAUAUUAUUUCUAAAUUGAUAUUUUCAAAAAGAUCAAUUAGAAUAUCUCGUUUAGUAAUGUUAGGAUUAGGAAGUUUUCAAGACAGUUUGCGGAGCAUAACUCAACUUUCAUUUGGAAUCAAAAUAGCAGAACGUCUUGGUCUCAAAGAAAAAAUAGAGGCAUAUGAUCCAGUUUUUACUUUUUUGGAUUGUCAGCUUUUAAAAAAACUUAAUAUUAAUUUUAAUUUACAUAAUUCAUUAGAUUUUCUAUACAACGCAGAGCAGCCUGUCAUAUUUUAUAUGCCACAUUGUCCAAUAUCAUUAUACGAAUUAUUACUUAAAGAAAAUUGGUCACCAAAAAAACUUUGUAAUAUCUUCUUAAUAGGAAACAAUCUAACAACAUACGAUUUAACAAUAAAAAAUACGAAAAAAAAAAAAUACCCGUUUGUUUUUAAAGCAUGUCGUAAAUCCAUAUUAUUAUUUGUGAAUCAAAUGACAUUUUUAGCAAUGUUCGAAUCAAUUCCGCUUUCAGAAGAUUAUGAACAACCAGAAACAUUUAAUAAUCUUGCCUUCCAAUGGUGUGAAAGAGAUAUUGUAAAAAAAAUGAUCAAUUUAAACAAUGAUGAAUGUAAAACAUAA